UUUCAAAACAGUGUAGUAGGCAGUGUAAAUGUGACUGUAUUUUUGGAAUUGUUACUAUUUAAUACUUGUUAAGCGCCCUGGGUAACAUAGCUUACACAGAUAAUGCUACGCUGUGAGCUUACUUACAAUAAGCAUAAAAGCUAUUCCAGCAAGAUUUAGGGGGACAGGAAGCUAUACACUGUUACUGUAGAUUAGUCUCAAAAGUUCUGAUCAACUUUCUAUUUUGACAUUUGGAGACAUCCGUAGGUGCUUCUCUUGUUAAAGAUCAGCAUCUUUUUUCUCUAAACCAAUUCGUGUUACUGGAAGGAAAGGCACCCCAAGUUUUAUCAGCCCCUUUGUGGGCUCCGUUUUGCUAUACUCUGUAUUCUCUGAGAGUGCUACUAACAGAAGUGAGAAAAUAACCACCCAGAUGGGCUAUUUUGGGGCUGAUCUUUACCCUAGAAUCUUCCUGGAAGGUGAAUGGCCUAUGUCAUGCGGUUGUUAUGCAAGAGGUAUCAUGGGACCUCUCCUCCUGGGUGGCCCAGCAGCAGCCGCCGCCUUCACUGUCCUCCCCGACAACUGCUGUUGAUUUCUCUACAUUGACCCUGCAGAUGUUUCCCUGGCCUCAUGGUGUUCCCUUGGACUUCUAAGGGACCUCUGUGCAUCUGUUUUGGCCCCCUUUCUGCUAGCAAGGCUCACUCCCCUAGUUUCCUUAAGCAAUUUUAUAAAAAGCCUUCAGUGCAAAAUGGACUGCAAAAUACUAGCCAAGAAAGCGAAGGCAUCUGGAAAAUCCCCAAAUGUGGCUGUUGUGCGCUGAAAUCCCGGCCCCCUUCUACAUCCAUGACAUGCAUAUCAAUGCAGGUGCUCUUUAGACUUCUGCAGGUUCAGGGGAGCAUGACAUGCUCCUCGAGUCCUGGAUUUGGACUUCAUUCUGGACAGCCUAUGACAAGGAUGAGGAGCCCUAUUCUAGCCAGUUAAAGCUGGACAGAAUUUUUAAAAGCCAUGAAGCCAGUUCCUUGGAUAUAUCCACGGGUUUUGCUUUGAGAAGGAAUUGAGUAGGCAGUGAGAAAAGCCAAGUGAAGCCUGGCCCGUGAGUGCCUCAACAACUGAGAUGAACAUCGACUCACAGCUCAGCAGCGAUCUGGACUAUAUCCUGGGUUCCAGAAAAGGCAGAGGUUCUUGCCGAAAGCAGGCAGCUUCGGUUCCUAACUCGCAUCCUUCAUUCCGCAGAGCAGAGACAGCGCCAUGGUUCUUCCCUGCCCUUCAGCCCUGGACAGUCACCAAGGGGAGGAAGCUGCAGCCCAGGGAGGCCGUGACUUGCCAGGAAGGUGGCUCGGGCCAGGCUGCACUCAAAACCCGUGCUCUGUCCACACUGCUGCGGGGCCAGAGCCAAGGAAGCUUCCACUUCUUCCCUCAGCCAGCCCCAACAGCGGCUACCCCAAGGAGCCAGCAGCCCUGUGUCCUGGGAUCCCCAGUCCCUGCAGAAUGGCCCACCAAGAUCUGAGCAUUACAGCCAAACUCAUCAAUGGAGGUGUAGCAGGGCUCGUGGGGGUGACCUGCGUGUUCCCCAUCGACUUGGCCAAGACUCGCCUGCAGAACCAGCAUGGGAAAGCCAUGUAUAAAGGAAUGAUCGACUGCCUGAUGAAGACGGCUCGGGCGGAGGGCUUCUUCGGCAUGUACCGAGGGGCUGCCGUGAACCUCACUCUGGUCACUCCGGAGAAGGCCAUCAAGCUGGCGGCCAACGACUUCUUCCGGCAGCUGCUCAUGGAAGAUGGGAUGCAGCGGAACCUGAAGAUGGAGAUGCUUGCCGGGUGUGGGGCUGGGAUGUGCCAGGUGGUGGUGACCUCUCCCAUGGAAAUGCUCAAGAUUCAGCUGCAGGAUGCUGGACGCUUGGCCGUCCAUCAUCAGGGCUCGGCCUCAGCACCCUCCACCUCCAGGUCCUACACAACGGGUUCGGCUUCCACCCACAAACGCCCCUCUGCCACCCUCAUCGCCCGGGAGCUGCUCCGCACCCAGGGCCUGGCUGGGCUCUACAAGGGCCUGGCUGCCACCCUCCUCAGAGAUAUCCCCUUCUCCAUCAUCUACUUCCCACUGUUUGCCAACCUUAACCACCUGGGGUUCAACGAGCUCGCCGGUAAGGCGUCCUUUGUGCAUUCCUUCGUGUCAGGCUGCGUGGCAGGUUCCGUAGCUGCGGUCGCAGUGACGCCUCUAGAUGUUCUGAAAACUCGAAUCCAAACCCUCAAGAAAGGCCUGGGCGAGGACGUGUACAGUGGGAUCACCGACUGUGCCAGGAAACUCUGGAUUCAGGAAGGACCGUCUGCCUUCAUGAAAGGCGCUGGCUGCCGGGCACUGGUCAUAGCACCUCUCUUUGGGAUUGCUCAAGGGGUCUAUUUCAUUGGGAUUGGAGAGCGCAUCUUAAAGUGUUUUGAGUAGACAGAGCUGGAGGUCAGGUCCCUGCACUCGCCGCCCUCUCUCUAGCCCAUUUCACUUAGCCUAGAGGGGACAAGGGCAGGCGGGGCCGCUCCGGCCUGCCUUGUCCUCUGCGUUGUAGCGCUACCUCAGUCUCGGGAGAAACAGCCCUAUACUCUAACAAGUCGAGCACAGCCUUCUUCCCCUGCGUGUCUGCGCUCAUUUUCCUUUGUGGGCACAGCUACCAGGGGCUUUCAGAAGCCCCUACCCACCUACUUUUCAACAAAAGUAGUACUUUAGUUGUAUUAAUUGCAGGACCUUAACAGGUAGUCAAAAUAGAAGGGUUGUUUCUAUAUUUUAACAUCUCAGUCAAACUCGGCAAUCUUCAGUCAGCUUGAGGAUUUAGCAUUGUUAAUCUUGGACUCUAUAACUUAUUUAGAGUCCUAGCACUGAUUGUUGAGGAAAAGGAGGAUCAGAAGUUCAAGGGACCAUGAAAGUCCUCAAAGUCAGCACCUCGUUUGAGACCAAGCUCCCUUUCGAAUCCCUGGAUGGCUGAGGGGGCUGAGGCCGGCUCUGACUGGGCAGCCCGGCCCCUCCCCCAGAGCCCAGGCUCUUACAGACCCCUCCCUGUAUCCGAGGAACACUAUUUGAAAUAAAGGUGAACAGUUACAAUCUCAUCUGUUCAUCAGUGGGUACAGCACAGGCUGCAGUGAAUGGUGUCACCAUCUGCUUUUCUACGUCCAUUUCAAACCCCAACAUUAAAAAGGGCACAGAAGCAGA